UUCACAAGACCCUCCCAUGUCAGACCAUCGUCAGAAACCAUUUUAUCCAGAAAUUACCGUCUGGCAUAACAGAACUGGAGCCAUUCAUAUUCAUACCUUCCACCAAAUAACUUCCAUAUACACGUGUAUCCAGAGACGCAUUGUUCGGGUCCGUUACACUUGGAGUUGUCUUUGUCGCUGGGUAUUACAUCGGCAAAAGAAGAUCCACAUUUUCCGCUAUGGACCUUUUCAAGAGUCACUCUGGGGCAAAAGAUAACCCUAUAAUGCAAUAUGUUCUCGAUCAUUCAAUGAGGGAGCAUCCUGCGCUGAAAAAACUCAGAAUGAGAACUAUGGAGGAUUCAUGGAGCUUCAUCAUGGUUGCUUGUGAGCAGUCACAGUUAAUGGCUAACCUGGCAAGACUAAUCAAAACCAAGAAAGCCAUAGAAAUAGGUGUAUACACAGGAUAUAAUACUCUGAGUAUAGCACUUACACUGCCAGAUGAUGGGAAGAUUGUGGCCUGUGACAUCAAAGAGGAGUACGCCAAUAUCGGAAAACCCUUUUGGGAAGAGGCUGGAAUGGAUCAUAAAAUAGAUCUGCGCAUCCAGCCAGCAUUGAAAACUUUAGAUGACCUUCUGGCCAAUGGAGAGGCUGAGACCUAUGACUUCAUCUUCAUCGAUGCAGAUAAAGCAAACUAUGACAAUUAUUAUGAAAAGUCUCUGAGACUAGUGAGAAAAGGAGGCAUUAUUGCCAUUGACAAUGUCCUGUGGAGUGGGAAGGUGGUUAACCCUGCAGCUCAUGAUGUCGACAGCCAGGCCAUCGACAAGUUAAACAAGAAGCUGUACCGGGAUGUUAGGAUUAACAUCAGCAUGCUAACUGUGGGAGAUGGCCUAACGCUGGCGUUCAAACUAUAAAAACAAGUUAUGUAGGAGACGGCCUUUUUGACUGUAGUACUAGAUGUUUACAGCCAACCCUGGCCUUUACUGUUGUGCCUAAUUAGUGAGAAGUAGAUUUGCGUGGAUGUAUGUUGAACAAUUUCAAAGUGAACUACUGGUGUGUUAAUAUUUGUGUUCAGUGUAUUUGUCAAGAGCGAACUUCUUUGGUAACACUGCCUUGAAUAACGGUGGUCUGAAAAGGUUUAACUGAGGACCAAAGUGUUUUACAGGUAACAUUGUCUGUUCUACGCAAGUUUUACAAUGUAUGUCUUUUUAAAUGUUAAUUAUGGCUGUGCUGUACAUUUAACUGUAAAUCACUGGACUUGUUUACUGUCAA